GAAAAACAUUAUAAAAAAAUAGCAAACAUGAAAUGCCGGGUCAAAAGUAAAAUAGACAUAAAUAAAACAGGCAACAAAAAGAUUAUUUUAAAAAACUGGGAAGCAGAAUUAUCCUCAUUGCUUUGUUCGGAUUGUAAUCCCUCAACAAACAAACUUCCUGUUCAUCUUUUUCUUGGAAGCAAUGGCGACAACUGUACGCUGUCUGUCAAUACAUUAGAAGAGACAUCAGCAACAACAACAUCAGAAACAAAAACCACAGCAACAUCAGCAGCAGAAGAGCAAAGAAAGCGCCGUUGCACUGAUAGCGACGAUCAAACUGUUAACAAAAAGUCAACAGCAGUUUUGAGUCGUUAUGAGACUGAUGAGACAAGGCAGUUAAAUUUUCAAAGUCUGCAGAGGCUUGUUUUCUUAAAGCAAAACAAAGUUCUUUCCGCAAAAUUACAGAUUUUGUAAGAAAAACUUGGGGAAAGAGGG